AUGCAAGAAAGAGAUGAUAGUCACAUUGAGAAGCAAUGGCAAGCAGCUUGCGCUCAGAGAGGUCUGGGAUUUGCGGACCCGGAUACGGAUGCGAAUUUGAUGAUUGAGAAUGGGGAUGGGAAUAGGGAUGCGGAUUUGAAUGUGGAUGUCGAUAUCGAUGGGUUGAAGAAUUUACAAGAAAGAUGUGAUGAGCUGGCGGGCAAAGUAAAUGGUUUUCUGAAAGAGGAAUUUGGGGAUGAGGAGGAGGUAUUGAGGGGGGUACAGAAACAGACGAGGAUUGCGCUAGGGGUUAUUGAGGAGUGUUUGCAGAGAUAUAGUUUAGAGGAAAUAUCGUUCUCAUACAAUGGAGGAAAAGACUGUCUAGUCCUCCUAAUCCUUCUACUCACCGCACUUUCCAACCACCAAUCCACCACCUCCUCCCCAUCUAAUUCCUUGACCUCCAAAACGCUCCCGAAACCACUUCCCAACAAACUCCCUUCCGUCUAUAUCCUCUCACCGCAUCCCUUCCCCGAAGUCGACACCUUUGUCGCCACUUCCUCCUCCCACUAUCAUCUCAAACUCUCCCGCUAUGCAUCACCCAUGAAAGAAGCAUUCACCCAAUAUCUACAAGAUCAUACACAUGUAAAGGCGAUUUUGGUAGGGACUAGAAGGACGGAUCCGCAUGGUGCUGAUUUGACGCAUUUUGAUAUGACGGACGGGGGAUGGCCGAGAUUUAUGAGGGUUCAUCCGGUGAUUGAUUGGCAUUAUAGGGAGAUUUGGGGGUUCAUCCGCCACCUUCAAAUCCCCUAUUGUCCACUCUACGAUCAAGGAUAUACAUCGUUAGGUGGCACAACAGAUACACAUCCGAAUCCGGUAUUAGUAGCCGAUACUGGGAAAGGAGGAGAGGAAAAGAAAUUUAGACCCGCGUAUGAAUUAGUUGAGGAUGAGGAGGAGAGAUUAGGAAGGGAUUAUUGA